AUGCCCUUACCCUUUGAAUUUGAGGGGAAGGGGGUGGAUUUAGAAAUCCUUGUUUUCAAUUAUAAUAAUUUUAGGGCUAAUUCAUCUUGGUGGGAGAGCAAUAUUUUGAACGAUAAUUGUGGUUUGAAUAGCUGCAGUGAACCUGCAUCUGUACUUGAUAUUGCAAGUAGUCCCAGCAGGGCUAUAUCUACAUCUUCAUCAACUCUGUCUUCAUCUUUAGGCGGCGGCGGAGCCAUAGCUGGUGGUGGGGCUGCUUCCACUGACACGGCCGUGGUGGCGGCGGUUUCAGGAAAUAACGAGAAAAACCCAUCCUUGAAAUGGCAGCAAGACUCAACUACUGCCACCAGCUCUAAUAGGGGAGUUGAUUCUGAGUUACUGCCUGUUCCUCCAUCUCUUGAGAUUGGGACUGCCGCCGCCGGAAAAUGUGCUAUGGACGAGUGGGAGAGCGUGUUUUCGGAGUCCGCCGUCACCUCGCCAAGCCAAGAACAGUCCAUUAUGCGGUGGAUCAUGGGGGAUGUGGAUGACCCGGAAAUCAACCUGAACAAGGUUCUUCAAUUUGGGACUGCCCCGCCGCCACCCACGUCGGAGUUUGAGUUCAACGGUGAUUUUGGGGUGGUGGAUCAAGCUUUUGGUACGGACCCAGUUGGACAGAUUGGUUCAAAUUUUAUGCAGAACUCUAGUUCCCCCAGCAACAGAUCCAACAGUGAAAAUAUUGAAAUGGAGGCUUCCAUUUUCACCCCACAGUUGUUGAUAAACCAGCACCAAACUCAACAUCCACAAAACCCAUCAUUUUUCUUGCCAUUGUCAUAUGCAAACCAGCAGGAACAGAAUCUAUUCAUGCCACCCCAGGCAAAACACAACCCAGGGGCUGUUGGAGAAGGCCUCGAGCCAGGCUGUCAAAUACCGAAAGGGCAGUUUUCAGUUCCCGGGCAAGAGCUGUUAAUGGGAAGACAAGUCCAGCACCAGCAGCCAAUGUCUCGUCAGCUUCAGUUACUUCCCCAUUAUCUGCAGCAAAGGCUACCCGCUGCAAUGGGACCAGGACAGAAGCCGAAAAUGGGUGGGGAUGAUUUAGCAUAUUGCCAUCAGCAACAGCAACAGCAACAACAGGCUAUAAUUGAUCAGCUUUACAAGGCCACAGAGCUGGUCCAAAUGGGGAAUUUAAUACUUGCAGAAGAGAUAUUGGCGCGGCUCAAUCACCAGCUCUCUCCCAUUGGUAAGCCUUUCCAUAGGGCUGCUUUCUAUUGCAAAGAGGCGUUGCAAUUUACUAUUCAUAAUAACAACAAAACAAUUCCCUCUACGGCCACUGCAUCGCCUUUUAGUCUCAUUUUCAAGAUUGGUGCCUACAAAUCUUUCUCUGAGAUCUCACCGCUUGUACAAUUUGCCAAUUUUACUUGCAACCAAGCCCUCCUUGAAGUCCUGGAAGGAUUUGAUAGAAUUCAUGUUGUGGAUUUUGAUAUUGGUUAUGGUGGGCAAUGGGCUUCACUAAUUCAGGAGCUUGCAUUAAGGAGUGAGGGUCCACCCUCUCUUAAAAUCACUGCGUUUACUACUCCCUCAACUCACGAUCAGCUAGAGCUCAGCCUCACUCGGGAAAAUCUAAUUCAUUUUGCUAAUGAAAUCAAUGUUGUGCUUGAGUUUGAGGUUAUGAGCAUUGAUUCUUUGAAUUCUGGUUCAUGGUCUCUGCCAUUUCAAGUAUCUGAGAAUCAGGCGAUAGCAGUGAAUCUCCCAGUUGGCUCCCUUGCCAGUUAUCAAUUAUCAGUACCAUUGGUUCUUCGCUUUGUUAAGCAUCUGUCCCCUAAAAUUGUGGUUUCUGUGGAUAGAGGAUGCGAUAGGAUUGACCUACCGUUUCCCAAUCAUAUAAUUCAUGCUCUUCAAUCCUAUUCGAACCUUCUUGAGUCUCUAGAUGCUGUCAAUGUGAAUGCAGAUGCUCUAUCAAAGAUUGAAAGGUUCUUGCUUCAACCUGGAAUUGAGAAAAUUGUAAUGGGGCGUUUUUGUGCUCCUGAAAAGACACAGCAUUGGAGGACUUUGUUUUUGUCAUCGGGAUUCUCCCCCAUACCAUUUAGCAAUUUCACAGAAUCGCAAGCUGAGUGUGUGGUGAAGAGGACUCCUGUUCGAGGAUUCAACGUAGAGAAAAGGCAGUCUUCACUUGUUCUCUGCUGGCAACAGAAGGAGCUCAUCUCUGCAUCGGCUUGGAGAUGCUAA